GCUCUUAAUUCUGAGAAUUGCAGAUAAAUAAAAUAUUUUGCAAGCGAUUAACGUAUAAUAUAUAAAGGAGAUUUUGCAGGCAAAAUGUAAUCUAUUGCUUCGAGGUCUUCCAACGAAAAGCAACUCUUGACAGAAAAGAAAAAAAGAUGAAGAAGUUUGUUGCGUGUUUGGCCAUUUUCGUGGUCUACGCGACUAUUGCUUCAGCCGAUCCGAAUCGUCCAAGACCACAGCAAGUUCCACCUAGGCCACCUCACCCUCGUCUACGUCGUGAAGCUGAUCCUGGAGUAAGAACCUCUCUUCCCAAACCCACCCCUCAUCCGCGCAUACGUCGUGAAGCUGAUCCUGGAGUAAGGACCUCUCUUCCCAAACCCACCCCUCACCCGCGCAUACGUCGUGAAGCAGAUGCUGAAGUAAGAACCAUCUAACAAGCCAACAUUUUCUGCGGAACCUACUACGUCUGCAUCAGUAAUUCAUAGCAGAAGCACAUAUUGGAGUCUUUUCUACAUCGAAAUCUAUGCUGAUUGAUUUGUCCCAUGGCGAAGAGUUUUAUAACAAUCAUUCGUCGAUGACAGAUCAUUUCGGUUGAACAUCCAGUGUUGAGGCCAAAGAAGCUACGCAGAAGACACAGCAAUCCUUUAUCAAAGAAAAUAAUCCAAGUCAAUGUUCGAAAGUUCAAUCUAAAGUAAAAAUCACUACUCAGAGUAUAUCCCGAAUCUUUUAGCGCCAUUUUAAAAAUUUGACGUCUUUAGAGAUUAAUUCUAUACAUGAUUCAAAGAAUUCUCAAUAAAUAUAAGUUGCUUUUGAUGUUACUUAUAAUACAA